AUGAGGCACUUUUGGACGACCGCCGCCUGGGCGUCCCUGAUGGGUUCAGUGGUAGCUCAGACAUUCACGAACUGUAAUCCCCUGGAGAAGGCUUGUCCAGCCGAUCCGGCCUUGGGCACUGAGCAUGAAUGGUGGCUCAAUUCGACCAUUGACCCGUCUGUGUGGAACAUGUCCACCGGGUCCAUCAACUAUGCCAACGGUGCGGCCGAGUUCACCAUCGCCAAGGUGAACGAGUCGACUCUGAUGCAGUCCAACUUUUACAUCUUUUUCGGUGUGGUGGAGAGCUGGGUCAAGAUGGCCAAAGGUGGGGGUGUCGUGAGCAGUGUGGUGCUGGAGUCGGAUGAUCUGGACGAGAUUGAUUGGGAGUGGGUGGGAUACAACACAAGUGCUGUGCAGAGCAACUUCUUCGGCAAGGGCAACACCACCUCGUACGAUCGCGGUGGGAUUCAUUACGUCCCCAACGCCGAUACCGAAUGGCACAACUACACCACCCUGUGGACCAGUGAGAAACUCGAGUGGCAUAUUGACGGUCAGGUGGUGCGCACCCUGCCCUUCAACGAUCCCAAAGCCUUGGGAGGCAAGAACUAUCCGCAGACGCCCUGCCGGGUCAAGUUCAGUAACUGGCCCGCCGGUCGAGAGGGUGCCGCCCAGGGUACCAUCGAAUGGGCCGGUGGCCUCGUCGACUACUCCAAGGGUCCCUUCACCAUGAGUGUGCAACGCAUUCGCAUUCAGGAUUACCACAGUGGCAAGGAGUACUCCUACGGUGACCGAUCGGGCUCCUGGCAGAGUAUCAAGGUUGUGACUGGAAACUCGACCGUCCAGCAAAAGAUCGAUCAGCCGCCUCCCAAGUCUCUGUCCGAGAAGUGGGCGGAUCUGCCCCAGGCCACGCACAUUGGAGUCUAUGCGGCCGCGGGAGCUGUCGGUGGCCUGCUCAUCCUUGUUCUGGGCUUCUGCUGCAUUCGUCAGCGCCGCCAAGGGCGUCUUGAGCACGCCCUGGCCGAUUCCAAGUGGAAUGCCGAGCGAACGGAGAUGGCCAACUUCCAGAGUGAUUGGAAGCAGACCGAGUGGAAGCACGGUGGCUACAGCAAGGUCAACAGCUAG